GCAGACAGGGCGGGGCGACUGAAGUUCCAAAACACUGGUAUGUUCUAGACGUUCUAUUUCUCUCUGCCUCAGCUGAUUGUGACGUCGUCAUGUGGAGAUAGACCGAGAGAAGGGUGAGGGGGAGAGAUAACGGGACUGCGGCGUUAUGUUGCGGGGCAGGCCACCGAGGAAUACGGCCAACUCAUACCGUGGACUUCUAUUUAUUUAUUUAUUUGUCAUUUUAGCAGACGCUCUUAUCCAGAGCGACUUACAGUUAGUGAGUGCAUACAUUUUUUUCAUACUAUCGUUUCACGAUAGUAGCCUUUAGAGAUUCUGAAAUUACUGUAUAUUCUUCCGUGGACCGCUGGACCCCCCUUUGUUCGCCUGUCACGAAGCUGUCCAUAAUAACUAAUUUCCAUUUUAAGAAGAGAGAUUGAGACACCAAAAUAAUUUGCCGGUACUCCUAAAAAGUUGCAGUUGGGGUGAGUGAAGAAGACAUGGUGGACUAUUAUGACAUUCUGGGAGUGUCACGAAACGCCUCUCCGGAGGACAUCAAGAAGGCGUACAGGAAACAGGCUCUGCGAUGGCAUCCGGACAAGAACCCAGACAACAAGGAGGAGGCAGAGGGGAAGUUUAAGGAGCUGGCCGAGGCCUACGAAGUUCUGUCAGACCGAAGGAAGCGAGAGGCUUAUGAUACCUAUGGCGAAGACAGAAUUCCCAACAACGCAGGCUCCAGUACCCAUCCCACUCCAGAAGACUUCCCAGGGUUCACCUUCACAUUCCGGAGUCCAGAGGAAGUGUUUCGGGAAUUCUUUGGAGGCCAGGAUCCUUUCGCCAAUUUUUUUGAUGACUUUGCCUUCGGAGGAGGGAUGCACAGUGGCUUCCAUGGACAUCCUGGCACUUCGAGGCUCGGCCCCAGCCGGUUUUUCUCCUUCCCCUCCGCUGGAGUGCAUGACUUCACCUCUUCCUCGUCCUCCAUGACUGGAAUGGAUGGGAUGAACAGCAUGGGAGGAGGGAUGGGGAAUUUCAAGUCUGUCUCCACCUCUACGCGCGUCGUCAACGGCAAACGCACCACCAUCAAGAAGAUCAAAGAAAACGGUCAGGAGAGAACUGAGAUCGAGGAAGACGGGGUCUUGAAGAGAGUGCUCAUCAAUGGUGUGGAGGAUGAGUUGGCCUUGGCUCUGGAGCUCAGCAAGAGAGACCACCUACCCCCCAGCCAGCCCUCACACACACCCAGGCAACACCUCCAGAAGCAGGCAGAGGGGAUGGUACCAGUGGAGCGCCAGACCCAGACCCAUCCACACCGACCCAGCCCUGGCUCCGGCCCCCGGUCUAUGGCCCAGCGCUCCUUCAGCUCAGCCUCCUACUUCCACUGCCCUGACGUCCCCAGCGAGGAAGAGGAGGAUGAAGAUCUACAGAUGGCCCUGGCCUACAGCCUGUCUGAGAUGGAGGCCCAGCAGAGAGCGGCCGCCGUGGCGUCAGCAGCAGACGUCAUCUCAGACUCAGACUUCCAGGCCUUCACGGGCUGACCUGAAUUGGCCGUUGCCCGUCUGACCCCUGACCUCUGAGCCUGAGGUCAAAGGUCAAAUCUCUCAGCCCGCCCCCGUGGCUUACUGUACCAGCUGAUUAACACUUUUCAAAGUUUUAUUUGAAAAAUAAAAGAAAACUGACAAAUACAUAUGUAUGAACUAUGUAUGUGUGAGUGUGUGUAUAUAGCUAAAUUAAAGAAAGAGUCUUUGUAAAGUAUUUUGAACCAUAAAUAACUCAUCCACAUUAAAUUAUUUGCAUUUUAACAUGUCUUAUAAGAUAAUGUGUCCUGGGAAGCAUUUUAAACCAUCACUACAUGUUUCAAUACUAUGAAAUGUAUGAUAAUAAAGUCAUCUAUAUGAA